CUGUGUUGAGGCGGUGGAAGCCGGCAUGGCUUGUAGUGUACAGCAACGGCAAUGUGGGGUAUUUUGAAAGUGAGGACAGCUACGUUCCGAAGUCGCUCAUUUACCUGCCCAAGAAGUGCAUACGUUUGUUAAGCACCUUGGCUCAUCAAGUACCGCCGGCAGGAUUAUCUAAAGACUGUUUAUUUGGAUACACCACUGAUGACGGUGAAUGGUGCUUUUGCGCAGAUUCACCAGACGAUGCGGUUGCCUGGCGGUUGGCUCUCAUCGAGGCUAGAAGUGUUGGACGUGUCCACGGUGUUCACAUAGCGCCGACCGCCACAUAUGGGGGUUAUACCGACGGUUCCAACUAUUAUCAACACUCUGCGUAUCCAGAAACCACAGUACCACUGUACUGCAACUCGUCUCAUCCAGCAGGCAUCCCUUCUCUCCCAACAGUCUAUCGCGGCUGUGACGGGGAAUUAGUUGUUCCUCAACAAGUUUUGGAGCAUCCGGAUGGGUCACGGACCAUCGUAUUGGGUCGCGGGAACGAGAUUUUUUGUCGUUGUCGCCGGGGUAACCAUUGUGAUUGUGGGUAUGGCUUGGGUGAUGCUGCCCUAUUAGGCUUAGCCGCAGGAACAAUGAUGUGGAGUCCAUUUCUCUGGGCACCGCUUUUUUGGUGCUGAUCUCUAUGGAAAACGCGAGUCGACGUCAAACUCAAUUGUCAUCACCUCUUACAACUGACCAGAUGUUCAAGGUUCCAUUUACCUUACACAAGUUAUCAUCAGUUUUCAUCCUUACACCUUUGAGCUGUCAUUUUUAUCAGUUUGUCGCUGUGAUCUUUUUAAUAUUAGCCGAUACAGCGAGACGUUAUUUUUUCCUCACAGCCACUUAAUUUGUGUAUUUCUACUGUACAUUACUAUCUCUUCACCUCUAUUUUUGCUGGUUUGCUUUUCUGUAGGCUGUAUAUCUUUGCCGACCUUGUAUAUUCUCUGGAUUCAUGAUGAGACUCGAGCAAGCGUACGUAUACCCCGAAUUCUCUCUUAAAAUACACUUCCAUCCCCUCAGAAUUGCAAUACAGA